GGGGGCAGCUCUGUGAUUAACAGCAGCCAACAGUCCGCUGUGUUCACUAAUCCAACAUGUCUGCGCCCUGAAGGAUGCUGCUAACAGCGUGAAGGUACAGGACAACUGACAGUGGAUGGAUUCUCAGUUGACUUGGAGGCAGAUUUAAGGCUUUCAACACAGACCAGGAUGUCAAAGAUCUCUAAAGCAGCCAAGGCUGUGAAGCAAGUGGAUGCCAGCAAUGUAAUCCGCGCUAUAGUGAGGUCAGGACAAGCGGCCCCUGGACCCCCGCUAGGCCCCAUCUUGGGACAGAGAGGAAUCCCCAUCGGACAGUUCUGCAAGGACUUCAACGAGAAAACCAAGGAGCUGAAGGAGGGGAUCCCUCUCCCAGUCAAGAUCCAUGUGAAGCCUGACAGGACCUAUGACCUGAAGAUCGGCCAGCCCACAGUGUCUUACUUCCUCAAGCAAGCAGCGGGCGUUGCGAAAGGGGCCGGCAAAACAGGCCACGAGGUAGUGGGGCUGGUGUCGGUGAGGGCGGUGUAUGAGAUUGCCCAGGUGAAAGCCCAGGAUGAGUGCUUCCAGAUGAGGAACACCCCCCUUGAGAAUGUCGUCAAGAGCAUCAUCGGCUCAGCUCGUUCACUGGGCAUCAAGGUUGUUAAUGAUCUCACAGCUGAUGAGUACAAAGUCUUCAUGGAGCAGAGAGAGGAGAAGUUGAAAGCUGAUGCAGCAGCCGCUGCAGCUGAAGCCUUCAUGGCCAAAAGGAAAUGAAGACCUGCAACAUUUUUAGUAUUUACUCCUCAUUCCUAUUUGUAUUAAUAAAUAAAUAGCUUGUUGUUAUGUGA